GAAUUAGUUGAAUUCUUGAGAGACCCGUCAAAGUUUACGGGUUUAGGUGGAAGAUUACCAAAAGGGGUGUUGCUCACUGGUCCUCCAGGUACGGGCAAAACAUUACUCGCAAGAGCAGUAGCCGGUGAAGCGGGGGUACCAUUCUUUUUCAUGUCGGGCUCUGAAUUUGACGAAAUGUAUGUCGGUGUUGGUGCGAGAAGGGUCCGGGAACUUUUCGCCGCUGCGAGACGAAAGUCGCCAAGUAUAGUAUUUAUCGACGAGUUAGAUGCAAUCGGUUCUAAGCGUAAUCCCAAAGAUCAAACCUAUAUGAAGCAAACAUUAAAUCAAUUGUUGGUCGAUUUGGACGGGUUUUCGCAAACUGAAGGAGUCAUCUUCAUUGCGGCGACAAAUUUCCCUGAGCUACUAGACAAAGCAUUAGUUCGACCUGGUCGUUUCGAUAGACAUGUUUCAGUUCCGCUUCCAGAUGUUCGCGGUCGGAUGCAGAUAUUAUCUCAUCAUUUAAAAAAUGUUCAAAUAUCUAAUGACGUAAACAUUAGCGUGAUUUCUCGAGGCACGCCCGGAUUUUCUGGCGCGGACUUGGCUAAUUUGGUUAAUCAAGCGGCAAUUCAGGCUUCGAGGGACGGUUCCAACGAGGUGACCAUGAAGCACAUGGAAUAUGCCAAAGACAAAAUACUCAUGGGAGCAGAGCGUCGUUCUGCUGUGAUCACAGAAGAAAAUAAACGUUUGACCGCAUAUCAUGAGGGUGGACACGUUCUGGUGGCACUUUACACACCAGGGGCAUUGCCUUUACAUAAAGCUACGAUAAUGCCAAGAGGAUCGUCGCUUGGCAUGACCGUACAAUUGCCUGAAAUGGAUAAAGAAAAUUACACUAAGAAAGAAUUUCUCGCAAUGGUUGAUAUUGCCAUGGGCGGACGAGUCGCUGAAGAAAUGAUAUUUGGAAAAGAAAAUGUUACAACUGGUUCACAUAAUGACAUCAUGUACGCAACGAAUGUUGCCAAACGUAUGGUCACACUGUACGGCAUGAGCGAUAAGGUAGGACCAGUAGCCCAUCCGGAGGAAGAGAUGGAACAACUUAGCAUGCAAACCAAAUUAAUUAUCGAGAAUGAAAUCAAGACAUUGUUGGAGAGUGCUCAAACGCGCGCGAUAAAUAUUUUGAAAACUCAUAAGGAAGAAUUACAUCGGUUGGCAGAAGCGUUGAUCGAUUAUGAAACUCUUAACCAGGAAGAAAUUGAAUUGGUUGUAAAAGGGAAAAGCAUUCGGCAAUAA